AUGGGGAAGAUAGAAGGCAGACAGAUUGGGAGACUCUCUCCAUACAGGUGGGUUUGCAAGCACAUCAAGAAGCCCAUCCGCUCGACGGUGCUCAGCCUGGACUGGCACCCCAACAACGUCCUCCUGGCCGCCGGCUCCUGCGACUUCAAAUGCCGGAUCUUCUCAGCCUACAUCAAGGAGGUGGAGGAGCGUCCCAGCCCCACGCCGUGGGGCUCCAAGAUGCCCUUUGGGGAGCUGAUGUUCGAGUCGAGCAGCAGCUGCGGGUGGGUGCACAGCAUCUGCUUCUCGGCCAGCGGCACCCGGGUGGCCUGGGUGAGCCACGACAGCACCCUCUGCCUCGCCGAUGCCAACAAGAAGAUGGCCGUGGCCUCCCUGUGCACUGAGACCUUGCCCCUCCUGGCCGUCACCUUCAUCACCGAGAACAGCCUGGUGGCCGCGGGCCACGACUGCUACCCGAUGCUGUUCACCUACGAGGAGAGCCAGGGCACACUGACCUUCGGGGGGAAGCUGGAUGUCCCCAAGCAGAGCUCCCAGCGCGGCCUCACCGCUCGUGAGCGCUUCCAGAACCUGGACAAGAAAGCCAGCUCGGACACCGCCAACGCCACGCUGGACACCCUGCACAAGAACAGCAUCAGGCAUAACCUGGACAAGAAAGCCAGCUCGGACACCGCCAACGCCACGCUGGACACCCUGCACAAGAACAGCAUCAGGCAUGUACUGGGGGGGGUGUGUGAGUGGGUGGGUGGGGGUCAAGCUGCGCUGAGCUACCCUGGGGGUGGUGGGUCCUGA